AAGGUUUCGUUUACAAAGCGUAAGGACAGUCAGCUGUUCGGCUUCAGGAACAAGUACAAGUUGUUUUAACUUUAGGCUGAGUCUAAAAAAAAAAAGCUGGUUCAGACGGGAUAGCCGAUUUGAGCUGCUAGUUUUUGGGAGGGUAGGGAACCUUUCAGCGACGCGACUCAUUUCCACACGGAAUACCGUCCGAUCGGGACCGUAAAUACACCGUCGUAGCUCUUUUCUAGUGGAGAAAACCAUGCGGUUGUAAUAAAUAACAGCCAGAUUUCAAUGAAACAGACGGGCACUUUCAGUCGACGUGGACUCAGAGCUGUGAAGUUGGCUGGUUCCGGUGUGACAGCGUGAAUCCGCUCAGAGAUGGAGCCGUGUCGGCGGGCCGGGCUCAGCGGGGUCCUGUGCUCCCUGUCACUGCUGUGUGUCAUCCUGGACAUCCAGCUGGACGGCGUCUUGGGGGCAACCCAGGCUGAGAUCGAGCACCACUUGGAGAUGGGCCGCAAACUUUUGGCAGCUGGUCAGCUGGCCGAAGCCUUAUCCCACUACCACUCUGCCGUGGAGGGCGACUCUAAGAAUUACCUGACCUUCUACAAGAGAGCUGCGGUGUUCUUGGCCAUGGGAAAAUCCAAAUCUGCCCUGCCAGAUCUGACCAGGGCUAUCCAGCUCAAGCCCGACUUCUUGGCUGCCCGCUUGCAGAGAGGGAAUAUCCUGUUGAAGCAGGGCAACACGCAGGAGGCCCGGGAGGACUUUGAAGCAGUGCUGCAGCGGUCCCCAACCGAUGAAGAAGCUCAGAACCAGCUGAUGAAAGCGAACGAGCUGGAGGAGCUGCAGGAGGAGGCCCACGGUGCAUACCACCAAGGGGACUACAGUGCUGCGAUCACUGUGCUGGAGAGAGUUCUAGAGAUCUCUCCCUGGGAUCCGGAUUCCCGGGAGCUUCGGGCAGAGUGCUACAUCAGAAUGGGCGAUCCACAGAAAGCCAUCCAGGAUCUCACCCCGACGACGAGGCUUCGCAACGACAACCGCGCCGCCUUUCUGAAGCUCAGCAGGCUGCACUACAGCCUCGGCCAGCACCACGAGUCACUCAACCACAUCAGAGAGUGUCUGAAGCUCGACCAGGACGACAAAGAGUGCUUCAGCCACUACAAGCAGGUGAAAAAGCUCAGCAAGCAGCUCAACUCGGCAGAGGAGCUGAUUCAGGAGGGCAGGUAUCAAGAAGCCAUUGAAAAGUAUACAUCAGCAAUGCAGACAGAGCCUAAUGUCCCGUACUACACCAACCUGGCGAAAGAGAGGAUAUGCUUCUGUCUUGUCAAGACUAAGUCUGCUGCCGAGGCGAUAGAUGUGUGUUCAGAGGCCCACCAGAGAGACCCCCGCAACGUCAACGUCCUCAGAGACCGAGCAGAGGCCUAUAUCCUCAACCAGGACUAUGAGAAAGCUGUGGAGGACUACCAGGAGGCGAGAGAGUUCGAUGGCGACAGCAGCGAGAUCAGAGAGGGGCUGGAACGAGCCCAGAAGCUGCUCAAGCUGUCUCGUAAGAGGGACUAUUAUAAAAUCCUCGGUGUGAGCAGGAACGCCAACAAGCAGGAGAUCAUCAAGGCGUACAGAAAACUGGCACAGCAGUGGCACCCCGACAACUUCCAGUCCGAGGCCGAGAAGAAAGAAGCGGAAAAGAAGUUUAUCGACAUCGCGUCGGCUAAAGAGGUCCUCACCGACCCAGAAAUGAGACAGAAGUUUGACGCGGGCGAGGAUCCACUGGACCCAGAAAACCAGCAAGGGGGAGGCGGAGGUCACCAGGGCUGGCCUUUUCACUUCAACCCCUUUGAGUCUGGCGGCAGCUUCCACUUCAAGUUCCAGUACAACUAGAGAGCAGGACUUGAUGAACACACCUAUGGGAAGGGAGGCGAUAGUGCCAUUUUUAGGUGGAUUGGAUACUGGAGAAGACCUGCGGUGGAUUUGUGGAGGAAAAGUCUUCCUCGAAAGAACUGCGUCAGCCUGGACGCAGUUUUUGUCAAACUUCGUCUUGUUUAUCUUUUAAUUUGGGACUUCUUACCACAAAAUCAAAGGACCUAACUGUGGUUACUGAUUAAAUUAAGCUGUGGUUGAAGAAAAUGAAGUCUACACAUGAGCUCCUUAGGAAAUGGAUGAUGGUUGGAAGCAGUGUCCUCUCUUAUUGUUUCUUUGUGCCAUUCUUUGACGCAUUACUCAGCGACUCCUUUCUAGUGCCGUAACUCUUGCUCGGACUCAGAAUAUCUGUAUGUUGGUUUGUUUGCUUGCAGUAUUCUUUAAAGGUUUACUGAUCUCAGUCUCUAUUUUUUACCAUGUUGAGAUGUCUCUACACUAGAGAAGCAGGAUUCUUUUUUUUUUUUUUUUUUGUAUUUAUCAUUAGAUCCAUGUUGAGCUCCUAUAUUUAUGGUGAAACUCAAGCACUGCUGCAGGAAACCUGUGGCUCUAAGAACUUCAAUAUCCUAUGGAUCUGAACUCAGUGUAGGUGCUCUGUGAUUUUAUUUAAGUCAGUGUGGGUUUCUCCGGGUAUCUAAUUGGAAUGAUGUGUGAAUUUUGGUUGGAAAUGCUAAUUUAUGUCCAACUGCAGACAUUAUGGAUGUAAGUGCACAAAAUAACUGCAAAAACAAAAAGUUCAUGCAGCAGCAGGUGAUCGAAUCAAGAUGUGGAAUAUUUUUCCUUUCUUUUCCUUUCCGCCUUCAAGGAAACUUUUUGGAAGCUUGCACUUUUCUUUGUCCUUCUUCACUCCUGAAAUGUUACUGUAAGCUUUUGAAAAGCCUUUCACACACUCCUGUGUGUGUGUGUGUGUGUCUUCAGUGGCUAUCUGAGAACCUCAUUUAUAAAUAGGUCUUAACAGAAGUGUGCACGUAUCCAGCGGUGGACUGAGCUGCUGCUUUAUUUUUUCCUGAGGUAUAACCAUAUCUACUUCAUGAGCAGCAUAUUUGGAUAAUAUUUAUCCAAUCGGUUGCACUGACACACACACUGAAUCAAUUUAAUACAAUUUGUAAAUGAGGCUCUUGCAGCCACAUGGGCCACACAGUUGAACCAAGAUAUUAUUUUUAAAGACUUUAUUUUUUAGCACAAAUUAAGUUAUUUGGUCUUCAGUAACUUCAGGACACGGUGACUGUAACCAGCUUCUACUGCUUGAUUGUGUGAACAAAAUGUGACAGGCUCUCUGAGCAGGACUGUUUUGUUUCUGGGUUUUUGUUGUUGGCAUCACUUUUUUUUUUUUUGUUUUUGUUUUUGUUGCCAAACUGAGUCGGCUGA